AACCGUCAGUCUCGCGCACGACUUCGAAGUGGGAGGACGCGUUGUUCCUUGCACUGUUGGUUUGAUUUUUCGACGUGGAAAAAUCGAUCGUACUCGCUGAAUUUCGACGACGCCUCUCAACGUCGACAGGCAUAUUCAUGUUACAACGAGAAACUCGACUCAUCGCAGUACUGACAAAUAACGUAAAUCAUUCGCGUAUUACGUGAAUAACCUCUACACGCGAAUUCGGAUGUGCGUAGUAUUGUGAAUACGUUCUUUUUUUUUUGGUGUACAUCGCUUUGAUCAAUCGCUUGGUGUAUAUUAUUCUUCUUAAAGGUGUUUAUCUCGUUCUAUCUAUUUUGAACCGAAUUUAUUAUGUUACUACCGAUCGCGCGUGCGAUCGUCACAUUAUUUUGACCGAAGGUGCGCACGACUACGAGAACAGGACCAACGCUGCAAAAUGUUACCACAGACUCCUGACAUCAUUCCCACUACUCUUAAUCAACAAAAAUGUGUGAAAGCACGUGCGUUGUACGACAACAUAGCCGAAGCACCAGACGAGUUGGCUUUUCGAAAAGGUGAUGUUCUGACCGUAUUGGAGCAGAACACGGCGGGUCUCGAAGGCUGGUGGCUGUGUGUUCUGCGAGGAAGACAGGGAAUCUGUCCAGGAAAUCGAUUAAGAAUUCUGGCUGGACAAUAUGAUACUGGAGGUUGUUUGAUCGGUAGCAGAGCUGAUUUGAAUAUUUCUGAAGACGGUCUACAGAGGCACGGAAAACGUCGCAGCUGGCACGUACAACCAAAUAGGGUCGUGACACCGCAAAAGUGCGGCGACGUGUACCUGUACGAUUUACCAGCGAGUCGCGGAAGUCCUGCACCACCCUCCAGACACGAUUCACCCCUCAAUUCGAACAACGAACAUUUGCACAAUACAGGACGAUACAUGACAAGCGCCAGAAGCUCCGUCGACAAUGGUGGUGACGUGACCGACUGUUACGAUGUUCCACCGCGAGCAAUUCCUGUGAUUCCAUCUCCUGCAAGUAGUCCGAGUCCUGCCCCAUCUUGCUACGAUAUUCCAAGGCCACCGACAUCCUGCACUCCCAACUCGAAUUGUUCUGGUGGCUCUGGCAUCACUCCUUUAGAUUGUUACGACGUACCACGACCUUUACAACCAUUGACACCAAGUAGUUCAGCUUCCAGUCUGACCAACGAUGGAUCGCUCAGUGGAUCUAAUAGAUCGAGCCUCGCCGCUCCAGAUUACGACGUGCCACGGCCACGUCUUCCAGCAUCGUCGUUACCAUCACGGCACAACACACCGGUCCCUAAAACGCCAACGCCACCGCCACCUCCUAUGCAAACGCAGCAAAUUUACGACGUACCGAUUAACAAGGAACUUCCAUUGGAAUUGGAUGCCGCGCUGGAAGGUCUUCAAAGGUUGCAGAGCGAAGCUUCAGCAGCGAUAGCCAGGUUAUUGGGUUUCGUUAGUCCUGGCUGGAGAACGCCGCAACGACUGGAUGCUACAUUGAUGGAUUUGAGGCUCGCAGCAUUGAGAUUGAGAACGUCGUUACACGAUCUCGCUGAAUUUGCCGAAGGUACGCUCGGUAACGCGGCUAAAGCGCCGGACAAGGGUCUUGCAACGAAAUUACGGCCUCUGGUUAAGGCACUUCGUGACUCCGACAAGCUCGUGCAGGAAGCCGCCACCGAGUUGGACACGAUGGAAUGGGACGCGGGUAAGCUCUGUCGCGGUGGUGGUGACACGCCGACACCUACGAACGGGCCACCACCUUCCCUUCUGCCGACGGUUCAACCGGAUCCACUCGAUCAGCUGAUCGCGUGCGCCCGAGCACUCACGGAAGACGUUCGUCAGGUCGCCAGUUUCAUUCAGGGAAAUUCCACGUUGUUGUUCAAACGAUCAUCCAUCAUCUCGACGGGCAGCAGCAACAACAGCGGCGCUGGGGAAGAUUACGAUUACGUUAAUCUCGACUCGAGAGAGAUCGUGGCGAAGCAACGAGAGGAACUAAGAGCAUCCUUACCUCAGGAACUCCGUAGCAGUUACGAUCUACUAGUGUCCGAGGCGGACAAUGCGGCCAUUCAAAUGCCACCUACGACACCGACGCCCAUGGAUCCCAACGACAAACAAUUGUUGGCUUUCUACGCGGCUCAGGUGAUCACACACGGUGCACACCUAACUCACGCCAUUGACGCCUUCUUGCAAACCGUCGAGCAUAAUCAGCCACCCAAGGUCUUUCUGGCACACGGCAAAUUCGUCGUCCUUAGCGCCCAUCGACUCGUUCACAUUGGUGACACCGUGCACAGGAACGUGACGAGAAACGACGUGAGAACGCGAGUUCUUCAAUGUGCGAACGCCCUCAACGAAGCACUCGCACAGACCGUCUCGAAGACGAAACAGGCGGCACAAUUCUUUCCUAGCGUGACUGCGGUACAAGAGAUGGUCGAUAGCGUCGUUGACGUUUCUCACUUGGCCAAAGAUCUCAAAGUCGCCAUGAUACAUGCUGCGCAGCAACCAUGAAUUUAUUUUUGCACUAGCAAAACGUGAUUGGAUAACGAAAGGUAGAAAGAUAAAGAGCGAGAGCGAGCGAGAGAGAAAGAGAGAGAGAGAGAGAAAGAGACCGUGAAACGUCGAUAGGAAGUAGAGACGUGACUCUAACAUGAAUUUCUUCACUGUGUUGAGGAGAGAACAAGAAAAUCAAUGUCUCUUAGAUCGUUCUAUAGUAACUCGAAGGUGUUUGAAGGUCCUACAACGUGAAUGUUUAGAGACGAUAAUCAAUAACGUCGUAAUAUUGUCGGCCGACCGUCAGGGAGUUUAAUAUCGUUUGCUGUGACGUUAACUGACCUGGAUUUUGACGAUUAAAUGAAUAAGAGUAUAGCCGUUGGACGUGUCUUUUUUGGAUGAACAGAUAAGACGAAAGAGAAAAAUAUUCUCGGAACUUGAACAUCUCCCUUUUUCUUCUUUUUAAAAAUAAGGAGUCUUUAGGCCUACGAUUUAUUAGAAAUACGCAACUGCCAAAGCACAGGUAUAGUAGUAGGGAAGGGAGACCAAUGAAAAAGAAAAAAAAUAAGAAAAAAGUAAAAAGAACAAAAAAAAACAGAAAAAAAAGAUUUAUAUAAAUGUAUUCGAGAAUUAAAGAUAUCGUAGUAUUUUAUAGAGGAAACGUAACCGUGUCAUUUUUCGAGUAGAUACGAAAUCCGUACGUCGAAUACACAAACUUGUCCUUUCGUGCUAAUUACGAGUGCUGCGUUCGGAACAAAUCGAAAUUUGCUAAUAAUUAUUACCCGCUAUAUAACGAACUGCCUUUUGAAAGUUUCUGAACGAUUUUAACGGAUCAAACAAAACGAACAAGCAAUUUGCACAAAUUGAUAAAAAGAAAAAAAAAAGAAAAAAGAAAAAAAAAUCAAAGAUCGGAUCUUCUUUACAACGGUCACAUUCACUCGAAAAUAUUGAUUGAUAUUAGUUUAGUUUAUAGAAUUAAAGUAAAUUUUUAUGUAACACCGGAUUUUAUACAAAACUUUUACGAUGUCGGAUUUUCGACGUAUUUUAUCGGUUGAAUAUCCGUAUAUUUCUACAGCUCUUCCAAAACAGCCUAUACCGAAGUUCCGAAAUUCUAAAUAAUUAAUAAACGACACGGAUCACUAGAGACAAUGACUAUAAUAAUUAGUGCUACGAUUAAAAGAGUAAUAAGUAAGAAGUGUGCAACAAAGUUCCAUUUUCUUCCGCCUUCAUGACGGAUCUUGACAUGAAAUAUCGAUAACGAGCCGUAUUUAUAUAAUUACUGGUCAUUCGGCAGCAAUUUUGUGAUUAAUACGAUCGUUUAGAAAGAUUGAAGUCCCUUUAUAUCGGAUCAAAAUAAGCGUGCGCAGCUGUUCGAGCACAAAACAGAAAUACCUCAGCAGAUUUUGCGACGCUAAUUGCUAUUAGAGUACGAAAUUGUACGUAAUGGUGAAUAGUUUAUAUCGCACUUUAUUUUUUAGAGAUUGUAUAAUCGAGCGAGAAUAACGUAAGCCUAUGCGCGUGAUCUCUCAUCGACGAGGAGUGUAUUAUAAUUUAUUGGCAGUGUUCUGUAAAAUAUUGCAUUUGUGCGGAUUACAUAGCGUUCUUGUAUAUUUAGAAUUUGCAUAUACAUAUAAUAUAGAUGGUUAAACCAUUAGGUGCUCAUCAUACAUGUCGAUUCAUUGUCUUUUUAAGACACCAACAGGCAGUAAUAUUAUAUCGAUUGAUAUUCUUUCUAUCGAAACGUACGCGCAGCAUAUUACUGUUUCAAUUAUCUCAGAAUCAUUUAGCAUCAUCCGCUUUUCUCAUUUCCCUUUUGUACAUUGUACCUGGAUCAAUUUGUUCGCAAAUAUCAUAGCUACGAUAACGUCGUUAGGAUUGCUCGUACGCCUACCUAUUUUUUUAUCUUUAUAUCGUUCGAGCAAAAGAUUACAAAUAAUUGCAUUCGUUGAGUGGGAGAAAAAGCGCGUUAAUGUCGACGCGCUCCUUAAUGCUGUGCUUAAGAGUCGAACGAAAUACAAACACCAACGACUUUGUUCCUGACGAUACUUACGAUCCAAUAAUACUUUGUACGUGAACGUUUAAGUUAUUCUUCGGGCAGCAUGUCUUUCGAAAUGGAUCGAUCGCGUUGUUUUAAGAUCGUUUAAUGUACAUAGACGUAUUUAUACACAUUAUAAUUAAUCCUAUUAAAAGCGACAUAUGUAUACACAAAAUAGAAUACAAGAUAUGAUAGCCAAAUGCAACAAUGGAGUAAACGUAUUAAAGAAUCGUGCAAUGUCAGAUGUAAUUUUUAAGUGUCAAAUUGUACUCAAAGAAGUAUUUACAGGAAGCAUUUAUCGAAUUGCCACGAAUUUUAUUUCGAACGAAUGAAUAAAUUUCAAAAUGUCACAAAGA